AUGCUUCUUGCAGAAUACACUGAUGAUAUUGUAGUAAGCCAAAAUGCCUAUGCAAUUAAGUCACGCAAAAAUUCGCUCUGGUCUCUGGCUACAAAAUUAUUAUCUGCCUUUGAUCAUUCGAAUUCUACAACCCAUUAUCUUUUUGAAGAUGCACCAGAAAUUAGUAAAAAUGAAAUUAAAAAUAUUCUUGCUCUCUAUAAAAGAGGUAAAUCACAUUUUCAACAGCUAUUAGCACAAGAUGUAUAUAAAACUGAACCUAAACUUAGGAAAAAACGAAAAAACCAAGAAGACAAUUCUACUCAAGUUCAACGAAGUUCUUCUACAUUAGAGCAG